AUGAAGACCUUGUUUCGGAACUUUUACACGCUCGCGUGCAUCUCGAGCGUCCUCACGGUAAUAAUGGACCCUGGCAGCAAGGACGAUCCCCAAGAGGCCCCACCCGAGCACCUGCAGUCGGAGGAUCCUCGCACCUUCAACGAAGCCUUGCGCACCUGUUUCGCCAAACGCAGCCACGGCACCUUGGAGUGCAUCAACCGAGGCGCCCUGUCGACCCUUCAAGCCUGGAACGACGACGAGUGCCUGGACUUUGGGUCCGUGAAGCUCGAGCGCAGCGAGGGCCAGAGCCGUAACAUUUUGGACCUAGACUGGGACCCCAAGGACUUUGGCAACGUGGUCAAAGCGGCCUCCAGACUCAUGGAGAGGAGGAACAUGAGGUGGGACCUGAGCGGCGUUUAUCCAGGGCUGCAGAUGCGCGUCGGGCCCACCCUCUCGGCCGGCAAUGGGCUGCUCGAGUUCGUCGUGGACGAGAGGACCGGGCUUUACCACAACAGGCAGCUUGGAACUGGCCGACUGCUGAUACGACAGCUCGUGCUGCCCUUCCUGCUUGGGUUCAAGUUCAACGUGGCGGCGCUGCUGCCGUUGCUCUUUGGCUUCCUCAUCGUGCUCACCAAGAAGGCCUUGCUGCUCACGAAGGUCGCGCUCUUCAUCGCCGGCCUGCUCGGCUGGAACUCGCUCUUCGGGGGACACAAUGGACCCUCCUCUCCGGGCUUUGUCGCUAAUGGAGCAUACGGCGUACACGCGAAUCCGACAUUUGGUCAGGGGAUAAGUGGCCUCAACCCUACGAGCUUUCAAGAUCCAAACUACCCCUAUCUGCCCUACAGGGGUGAAGGCGAUAACAGCUUUCCUUUUGGGCAGCACGUCAUCCGUGAGAUCGUCAACGUUUACGAGACCUCCAACCAGGAGAACGAAGAGAACAAUCGAAGAAACAAGAAUUUUGUGUGGACUCGAAAUGAACCUUGA